GCUACAAGGUGCGUUGACGUAGGGAGGCGUGUGUGACAUUUGCUGCAAGGAGCUAGUUUAUGAAGAGCUAACCGGAUAAAGAUGAUGAAAUAGGGGCGAAAAUAGACAAUAUGUUAACUUUUAACUCAUGAGCUGACGUUUAGGUUCAACUUUGUCACGGUAACGACAGCAGAAGGGACAGUUAAUGUUGAAUGUAGCGUUUGUUAAAACUUUCUGUGCGGUUAAACCCGUUAGAUAGGAAGCUAACGCUCUCUCUGAACUUGUGCAGUGAAGGUCCUGAGUUUGUGUUGAGGUUGUUGUUGAGGUUGAGAUGUUGAUAACAUCAAGAUAACAGGGUUUUAAUUGUAUUGUUGCAGUGCAGUGCAGCGCUGAAGCCGACUCUGUUAAAGUGCGUUUUGUACACAAGGUUAAAAUUAGCUUUAGCCUGUUAGCUCCCCUACUUCCCCUCUGCUGCAGGUUUGUCACUUUCUUAUGCUGACUUGUCGGGCCAGGUGUGGCGAAAGUAGGCCAGGUGUGGUGAGGGAUAGAUCGGGUUCAGUGUGUGUGACCGGGUCCCACAGUCGACUUCAGGGAUUUUCUCACUCCCGCUGGGAUCAUGCUGCUCUCCUUGGUGGUGCACACUUACUCUCUGCGGUACUGGUUUCCAGCAACCAUCAUGCUGGGAACAGCUCCGGCUUAUCUGCUGUCAUGGGGAGCAUGGCGCUUACUGUCCACUGUCCUACCAGCCAGAUGGUACCACAAGUUAGACGACCGGCUGUACUGCAUCUACCAGAGCAUGGUCCUCUUCUUCUUUGAGAACUACACUGGAGUUGAGGUGAGUGAGCCAGUAUGUAAACUGAACUCUUCAUGAGAAAUACUGACAGGGACACAAAUACAGGAGGCUUUGCUUCAUAGUGCAGACAAAGGAGAUGACAUGCACACAUAGGACACCAUUAACAGAAAGUUAGAGCACUGCAAAAAUGAUUGACAUGUAUAGAAAAUAGAUAAUUCAAACUUUAUGUAUACACUCAAAGAAAAAACACAGUCAGUCUCAUAAACAAUACCAACAGUAAGGCAAAUACGGGUUAAAGAUAGGGCUGGGCGAUAUUGGAAAAGUUUAUCAAGAUAUAUUUUUUUCAUAUCAGUUGAUCUCAAAAUAUAUCAUGACAUAAAAAAUGAAAAUUAACAGUGCUCAUUGGUAGCAUGUCUUCUGCAAUACAGAAACCUACUGUAGGGUUUCCCCUACAUGCAAUUGAUCGUGGCGCACCGCCACAGCUAAAUAGAAGCCGCCACACAUAAAAAAAAAAGUUUUUAUUUCGUGUAGUUCUACCUUGGACUCAUAUGUAUCUGCAGUGUUUCCCCUCCAUUCAUUCAGCAGCGGCUGCUAAAUAACAGAAAGUUAGAUCAUUGCAAAAAUGAUUGAAAUAAUAAAUAGAUAAUUCAAAGUUUAUUCAUACACUUAAAGAAAAAACACAGUCAGUCUCAUAAACAAUACCAACAAUCAGGCAAAUACCGGUUAACGAUGGGGCUGGGCGAUAUAUGAAAGUUUAUCAAGACACUUUUUUUUCAUAUCAGUCGAUAUCAAUAUAUUUCACAAUAAAACAUGAAAUGUAACAGUACUUAUGAUGGUUAAACGACCAUUUUGAAACCGAAUAUUCGAAUACCUGAAAAUUAAUGAACUCCCAGAAAAUAGCCCAAAUUAAGCGCAUGUCGAUCAAUAUGGCCAGAUAUCAUAUGAAUAAAUAUUAAGAGUACAUGAACAAUACCAAUAAUACCAAUAAUACCAAUAAUAAAGCAAAUAUGGGUUAAAGAUAGGGCUGGGCGAUAUAAGAAAAAGUUUAUCAAGACAUAUUUUUUUCAUAUCAGUCGAUAUCGAUGUAUUUCACAAUAUAAAACAUGAAAUGUAACAGUACUUAUUGGUAGUAUGUCUUUCACUAUUCAAUAAGUUACUGCAUCUGUGAGGUCUUUGUGUCUCUUCAACGUUGUGCUAGAAAGCGGACUGAAUGGUCGGCUGUUUUGGCUGCACGGGCGCCAUGGGCUCCUUGCUCCACUCAGGGUUUGUAACCUUUUGCAUAAAAGAUUUGAGGUAUUCCCAACUUUGCGAGAACAUGUACUCAACCUAAUUUACAGUGCACAUUACGCUGCAUUAGGACUCGGCGUUAUGAUCGUGAUAAAUUUCAGUUCGAUCACAGUGAUCAGCUGUGAGCAUAUUUACUCGAUCAAACAUGGCGGAAAUGUGUGUCACAACAGAUAAUUCACAGUUGAAAUGCAUAUUAAAUAGAUAAGUCAAAGUUUAUUUAUGCACUUCAAGAAAAAACACAGUCGAUCAGAGUUCUCUCCAAGCCCAUAAACAAUACCAACAAUAAAGCAAAUAUGGUUAAAGAAUAUUAAGGACGGAUUAAAUAGGAGAAAAACUAUAUUUUACAAAAUGUCAGGAUGUCACACCAACUGGUAUUAAAGGCCAACUCAGAGAGAGGGGUUCGAAACUCUCAAGAGUCUGAGCAGUUCUCAUAUUAAAGGUUAGACUCCUCCACUGCCUGAGAGCAGAAACCGCAAAAGCUCUUUCACCUCCUUUUUUUUUAACCUGAAUGUGGGGACACCCAAAAGCACAUGGUGAUACGACAAACUCAACAAAUAUAAAGAGGCCAGCCUGAGUCAAGUUUUAGAAACACGUCAAGGAAGCCAGUGAAAGCAAGCCAGUACUGAGAUGAUGUUGUUUCACUAUCUCUGAACCAGCUGUGAAUGAUGACGAGACAAGUGCUGCUGGAGAUGAAUUAAGGCCACAGGUCAGGCAAAGUGUUGGACACUGAGACGGGAGAGUUGUACGGUUUGAUGACCACAAGCAGGAAUGACUUCCUAAGGCUUCUUGUGGUAAAUUUUAAGGGGAUGAGUCUGUCAUUGAAAAGGCUCCUUUGCUUCAUCAGUCUAUCAGGAGUACGCUGGAGGAAUUGUGGAGCCAUAUUAGAUAUGAGCAGAAGCUUUUAUCCACUAACAUGUAAUCUGAUUAUUGAAAAUCAAAGAUUCUGACUAUUUUUCAUUCACAUGAAACCGAGUUCUGCAAUUCUGGAAGAUUCUGUGUUUGUUUAAAACUGUAAAACAACAAAAAACUGGAGGUGGACACACAGGCAGUUAAAAAAAGUUGAUGAACCCGAUGGACGACGAGAAAAGCUGCAUUCCAGCGCCUUUUUGACGCCACGCCUUGUAUGCUUUUCUUGUUUGUACAUUAGAGUGAGCAGAAGAGCAACAGUCGUAGCUGGUAAACCGGCAUGUCUGAUACUAUAUGACUCGUGUAUGAAGUGCUGCACUGUAGGCCGUAUAAACGGAUUAGAAAAGAUCUUUUUAAUAAAUCCUCUUGGGGGUUAUUGAAAAGCUGCAGUUUAUUUUGGUUUGGCUUUUGUAUAAAUUGAAAAACUAAUCUGAAACAGAACCAAAUCCUCCUGUGAGGACCUUUUACAUUUUUGUCAGUGGUGCAGUUAUUACCCACAGACAAACAAAAAACACCGUUAGAGAGGAGACUUGUGAUCUCUGUGCAGUUAUUUUUACUACUGUAACCACUGCAGCAGGGUAGGUGUCAGAUGAAGUCAGUCAUAGCUUCCUGCAAAACCAACCUUAGUCUACACUGUCUGCAAAAAUAUUUAGGCAAAGUGAAAUGAUUGACUCCUGAUGAAUUUUACCACUUAAACAGAAAGAAUUGCUGCACCAAAAAUUAGCACAGAUGAUCUUUAACCACUUGUGACUGUGGACUGAGCCUCUUCCUGUCAUCUCCAGCCUCUAGCUUCACAAGGACGAGAUGAAACUACAGAUUUUUUUUCUGAUUUUGCUACAGCGGGGUUAGAGCAUGUAUAAAAUGUUGUGUUUGAAUAUUUCACUGACGUAUUUUAAUAAUUUUUAAGAUUUUAAACACUUUAUGCACAUUUUAAACGCGCUGCGGACAUGAGCGACUCCGGUAGAAAAGAGGAAGCUGAAGAAGCCGUCAUGUAACUCCAUACCACUAUCAUAUAUCAAAACACAUCAUGAGAUGACACCAAACUUGGAGGGAUUGCAGGUUAGAUGUUGUAGAGCACAUCUAAUGAAUGAAAUGCCUACUCAAAUUGGGGUUACUUUUACUUUUGAUAAUAAAAUCCUUUUUUUUUUUUUUUUUUUUUAGACGGAGAUAAAAUUUAGAUUUUUUUUUUCUUUAAUUUACCUGAUACCAUUCUAGCAUUAUAAAGGUCACAGCCAAUCUUUCACUUGAUUUAGUUUCUACAAGAUAUAACCUUUUCAUAGACACCAAGAUUGUGGAUCUAGGCCCUACAGUUGAUGAGCUAUUACUGAUUUACUUUUGGUAUGUAAUUUUAGGGCAGAAAUAACCCUGAGAUGGCUCAGGGUCCAAGUGGUUAAAAUAUUCAACCAAACAAAAUAAAUGAAUUUUUUUGACAUUCUACCUAACUUUUGUCUCUCUGUAGAUUGUGAUAUACGGGGAUAUACCAAAAACCAAAGAGAACGUGAUCUACCUGUCCAACCACCAAUGCACAGGUAAUGCAUUCACACAUCCUGCUUCAUAUAUCAAUGUGUUUUUGAGCCCAACUUGAAGUGAAUCACCUGAUGUCCUCUUUCCAGCUGACUGGAUCAUAGCCGACAUGCUCGCCAUCCGGCAGAAAGCUCUGGGUCAUGUCAGAUACGUCCUCAAAGACGGACUCAAGUGGCUCCCACUGUAUGGAUGGUACUUCUCACAGGUAAUGACACUCUGUGAGUAUUUCAAUGUCGUAUUUAAAAUGCAGAUGUGAUGAUGUACAUUGAGGUGAAAUCACACUCCCCACCGGGGUUCAAAUGGGAUGGUCUUUCUUCCAGCACGGAGGCACCUACGUGAAACGGAGUGCAAAGUUUAAUGAAAAAGCGAUGAAGAAGAAGCUCCUCAGCCAGACUCGAUCUGGAGCACCAGUAAGUCCACUCAUUUUAUUCAUGAACCCCUGACUACGUGAGCAUCUGUACCGUGUGGUGGAAAAACGUUCUACUGUCAUAUUAAAGCAGAAGUUUGAUUCUCAGAGAUUCUCAACAAGGAACAAAAACUGAAGAGACAAGAGACCGUUUUUUUGUCAUGUUUCUGAUCAAAAUAAUCCUGUUCAACUUUCAACACUUUGAUAUUUUUUUGUGGAAACUCGUGUUCGAUCUUGCUCCCACACAGGAUGUUAAAGUGAAUACUUUCCCAGAGUUUGUAUUAAUAGAUCACCUGUGGACUCCAGCACUGUUGACCUUUCAAAAACCAGGCGAGCUCAGUAUCUUUUGAUUAUACACCGUAUUUUUCGCACUAUAACACGCACCGGUAAGAUAAGUCACACUUAUCUGACUGCAGUGCUCCAAUAAGCCAAAAGGAUUCUACGUGCGCCUCAUAGUGCGAAUAAUACGGUACAUUGGGUGUAUAUGUCUUUGUGUAUCGGGUAUGUGCGUGUUAAAGCAACUAAACAAUCUAACGUUAUCCCUCUCGCUAGCAAGCACUAGAACUUGUUCUCAGUCAAGAUAAGAAGUUAAUAUUUUAUCAGAGUUGGCCUGUUAUAUGUGGUGUCUAAGCUGUACAGCAGCUACUUGUCACAACCCAAGGCCAGUAGCUUCAUUAAGUGGCUCAACUCUCAAGGUGCUGCAGUGAAGCUGUCAAAGUAAUCGAGUGAGUCAGCCAUGAACACCGCUCCACUGCUGCUGAGAUGUUUCAUGAUUUCAACAUGUGAGAAAGUUCCUAUUUGUCAGAAAAACCUCUGCACUUUCAAUGUUUUGUACCUUUUGCAAAGAACAUUUUCAGUGGAGUACAACUUUCUCUCAGAUAAAAAUAGAGUGGCAUCACAGCUCAAUGAGUGAAAGAGGAACCGUUGAAGAUUUAAGACUCGAGGCUAAGUUUAGGAAGCAUUUCAACGGACCCAGUUUUCACUUCUGCUGCCGUUCAAUCAGAUUCAAAAGUACAAACUUUUCAAAACUUGUUGCCAACAUUUCAUACAGUCAUUUUAACUUCAUCACUCUGGUUCAGUGAAUCCUGUAAAUGCCAUAAAUUCCAGUUUAGCCAAGGUAACACACAAAAAAAAUAUGACCUCUUUGAUCCUCUGUGUUUGUCUUCCCACAGAUGUACCUUGUUAUCUUCCCUGAAGGAACUCGCUAUAAUCCCGAGCUGAAGAAUGUUAUCGCUGACAGUCAGGCUUUUGCUACGAAAGAAGGUACUGGCACGAUGGCAGCCGUUUUCUGCUCUACUACCACCUACUAACUCAGCACGGCCCACUCAGUUUGUAAAACAGCUGAUUCAGUUCGGCUGUGUGACCUGUUGUAACCUUUUUGAGUGAGCAUUUCCCCAGUGAGAAUCCCAUCACAUGAAUGCAGAUUUGUGUGGUUAGGAUUUUAAAAGUUGAAGUGUGCACUAUUAAGUUCAGACCAGUUUUGGAUUCUUGAUGCUGAGCAAGUCUCAGGACUUCACUUGCUGCUGGUAAAUGAAAAUGAAAAUAAAAAUUAAUGACUUAUUAAUAUUUAAAUGGAAGUCAUGAUUAAUGAAAAGCUGAAUAAACUGCAAAAAUGUUCAUAUACCUCACAAAUUUCUUAUCUUUAUGUAUAUUUGUUUGAAUCAGCGUGAUUCCCAUAAUGCCUCAGCGCAGUGUGCUGUUGAGGUCCUCUCACAAACAGCAUCCAUUCUGCAGAGAUUAAGCCUAUCUCUGGGCCACAGCUCGGAAUAUCACCUUCCCCCAUUAAUCCAAAUAAAUCGCUCUGGAUAGCCGACAUGUGCACAUGACAUUAUCUGCUAUUAGGAGGUAUUAGUGAGCAGACUGUGGAGCGACAUCCACAGAGGGACAGUGAAGUAGAUGAACCAAAUACAAGCACUUUUGUAGAGACGUUGUGUUGUUAACCCUUUUGUUUUUAAUCAGAUGGUGAUUCAGGUGAUUUUAGCCACGGCUUUGUAUGAGAGUGGACAGAAAAUUAAGAGAAUUAAAGAGAUGGGCAUGAUGUGUAACCUUAAAGGGAUAUUCUGGCGUAAAAUUAAUUUAGGGUCAAACACACCAAGUGAGAUGAAUGUUGCCGACCGCUUGCUUCUCUAGAUAUACUAACUUUAGUAACGACCACACAAAAGCAAUACAGAGCGGUCUGAGGAGCCAUAAACAAACCUCAACAAAACGCCACUCUAUAGCCACAAAUAAUGCUCAGAACAGCACCUAACUUCAUCAACAGUACAUAUAGGGUCCCAGCCAUAGUACUAGCCACCAAACAUCUAUUUAACUUUGCCUGAUUUCUUUAGCAAAGAGACCAAACACAACUCACCUUCUCUCUUCCAGCAGCCGCUUGUUUGUAGCAAGACCUCGGGCCAGUCCAUUACGGACUACAGCGGGGUGAUGCAGCUCAAGGAAGAACAUUCAUGAUCAUUUCCUCAUGGAAAUACAAUCAGACCGAGACGCUAAGGCAGAAAAACUACCGGGUCUGCAGUGAAAAAUGAUUAAUAUGAUGAUUAUUACUUCAAAGAAAUGAUAAAGAAAUGAUCAUAAAUGUUCUUCCUUGAGCUGUGUCACCCCGCUACAAACAAAUGGCUGCUGGAAGAGAGUGGGUGAGUUGUGUUAAGUCUCUUUGCUAAAGAAAUUAGGCAAAGUUAUAUAUGUCCUGUUGAUGAAGUUAGGUGCUGUUCUGAGCAUUAUUUGCGGCUAUAGAGUGGCGUUUUGGUUGAGCGCGUGGCUCUCUGUAUUGCUAUCGUGCGGUCGUUACUAAAGUUGGUAUAACUAGAGAAGCAAGAGGUCGGCAACAUUUAUCUCUGGAGGGGGUGUCUAACUCAGUGUGUUUGACCCUAAAUUAAUUUUACGUCGGAAUAUCCCUUUUAAUAUCUUUACAACAAUCUUUUUAAAAUCAUGUUACCUAGUAAAAUUACAAUGAAACUGUGUGUCCACAGGGCUGGCCACUUUAAAGCACACUCUAACGCCCAGAAUGAAGGCCUCCCAUAUCGCCCUGGAGACCAUGAGGGAUCACCUGGACGCUGUGUACGACAUUACAGUGGCCUAUGAGGGGACAGUGAACGCCUCCAAACAGAGAAGACCUGCCCCUUCAAUGCCAGGUAAGUUUUUUUUUUUUUUUAGUUGAACAUUUAAAUAAGAGGAAUGAGACAGUCUGCUUUUGAGAGCUUUCUCCAUUAAUCUGAUCUCCUGUAGUGAAAGACUUGACCUGGUCUAAUAUAUGUAAUUAAAAAGGCAGAAGAGGUCGGACUAGAUGAGUUCUCCUUUUAUUACCUCCGCCAAGGAGGUUAUGUUUUCGGUAGCGUUGGUUUGUUUGUUUGUCUGUUUUCAACUUUACGGAGAAAGUAACUGACGUAUUUACCUGAAAUUUUCAACAGAGGUGCGUCUCAGCUCCAGGAGGAUCCCAUUAAAAUUUGGUGGUGAUCCGGACAAAAUUCUGGAUACUGUGAACCAGAACACACAAAAAUAAGGGUGUCGUUGGAAUUUUCAAUGCUGAAAGAUAACCAAUGGGCGGCGCAGUGGUGUAGUGGUUAGCACUGUCCCCUCACAGCCAGAAGGUCGCGGGUUCGAAUCCUGGUCAGGGCAUUUCUUGUUUAAGGGGGACAUGAGCUGCUUGGCACAGGUGUGCUCUCCGAGUGCUUUUCUAGUUAUUCACUGUUUAUUUGUCCCUGAAGAAUACAAUGUGCCCAGACAGACGCUAAAAGACUCUAAUUUUCUACAUUCAUUCCCAGAAGGGCUUUUAAGAGAAUAACAGAUUCAAGUGAGCAAAACUAGGUACAGUUACAAAACCAACAUAUACAGCAAUGGCAUAGCAACAGAAAACUAGACUUAGGUCCAGGUUUGCUAUUGAAUUAACCAGGAAUGAGUCUAGCAUGAGGAACAGUUAGCUAAUGUGCAGACUGAGCACGCUCUUCAACAGCUGUUUGUCCUCAGCCGGUGAGUCCAGGAUCACAAGAUGACCCAGAUUACUUAAUUUAGUGCAGACUACUGGCUCCUCUUAUAGCAUCACCCUAUAGGUUAAAAAGGCCCACAUUAAGUAGAUUAAAGUAGAUUAGAUUGUCAUGGAGUUAAUUCAGAUAAGAAUUAAAAAAAUCCACAUUUUUUAUUUGUUAAAUUGAAGAUUUAAGUCCAGUGAAAUAACUAUUUUAAUCUCAUAAAUUAACAACAUAUUUCUCAUGAAUUUAAUCUGAUUAAUUAAGGACUUUAUUCUUCUGAAUUUAAGAUCUUAGUCUUGUAUAUUCACAACUUCAAUCUCUGAAGUUUAGGACUGUUUAACUUCUAUUCUCUCCAUAUUUAUCAGUUUGUUCUUGUUAAUUAAGACCUUUAUUGUGUGACUUGAUUUUCUUAUAAUUUCAAUUUAAAUCAUGUAAUUUUUGACUUUAUUGUCAAAAUCUCACUAAAAUGUCAAUCCCUACAGCAGCACUAAUCCUAAAUCCUAAAAUACAGCCCACGCCGUAGAAGAUUAAAAAUAAACUUUGUUUAAGUUUGACAGAUGAAAAUGAGUGCAGGCAGCUACAUUAUGAUCUAUUCUUUGUAGUCACGGCUCCCUUCCUGUUUUCACUGUCCAGAUACGCUGACCAUUAUUUAGUGAAAACAUGUUGUGAUUUAGCCGCUGCCAAAGAGCUUAACCACAGAGGUGUUAUAUAAAUGUGGAUAAGGAAACACAGAUGUCUAAAUAAAGCGUAAAUGCAGGUGGAUUGCUCUACAACCUUGAUGUGUUAAAAUUGGUCACUCACAGAUUAAGUGUUGGGCCUUUUCUGUGUUAUCAGACAGGACAGUUAAAAAAUGAGACAGGAAGAGUCGGGUUGAUGCUGAGGGGGGUGUGAGCUGCCUGUUUUACCAGCCCGGUAAAACGAGUCCUCCACAGUCUGCAGCUUUUCGCCUUCCUCCUCAGAUCAGAAUUACAAUGAUUGAUGCUGAUCAUUAUUAUUGUGUCCGUCCAUAUUUAAUGUAAACAUAUUCUGAUUUAUUUGCACACUGAGAUUUGAUUUUGCUGCUGACAGACUCAACACUGAAAAUCUGCAUAAAGAGGUGAAUAUGAAGUCAUAUAACUGGAUAUAACCCCAGAUAUGAACACAAACUCUCAUCAAACAGUCUGCCUUUAUUUUGUUAAUCAGGGUACACAUAGACACACAGGCGUCUUUAUCAAUCCUGCAGCAUUGUGUACAAUCCGUCACGGCUUAAUCUGGUAACAAACAUUACCUAUUAACAGCCGUGUCUUCCUGUAAACAGCGUGACUCCGUGUUUUGGAGUUUUUGAUUAUUCUCCGAGCCCCCCUGUUGUUUCACAAACACAGUUUGAAUGUUAAAAAAAAAACAUCCCGCUUCAGUCAGGAAUAAACACCGAUGUGUUUCUAGAAAACAGAACAGAGAGAAUAGAAAAGCUUUCCUCUCAUCACGCACUUCCUGGUCUCAUGUGGAGAAGGUGACUUUAGUGAUUUCACAAGGAGGUGGAAGUGACUCUAGCUACAGGCUCUCAUUGUUUUUGUUAUUGAGGUCCUUUCUGUUUUGAUGUCUUCAGAUUGUUUUUCACCAAUGCGAACACUUUAUUAUGUUUCAGAGUAAUGCGAUAGUUUAACAACAGGCUCUGAAGUCUGACUUUUCACCAUGUCUAUGUAUUUAAGACGGCUGCUGCUUUCUUUUCUGGGUACACCUGGACUAAGGUCUGUUAAAGUUUGAGCUUGUCUAGUCUCCUUCUUCGUGGUUGAACAUGCUUUGAAAGCAGACCAAUGAUUUGUGGGUCUGCGUGCUUCUAAAAUGAGUAAACUAUGAGGACCUCAUACAAACAACAUAAAAGGAGCAAAAACUAUAAAACAUGGACUCAGAAAAACAGAUUUACUCAUAACUGUCAGAAGACUUUCAUCCUCUUAUCAGUAUCCCCCUCUGCAACAAAGUCGGUUCAUUUCUUCUACACCUGGGCAAAGGUUGCUUUAAAGGAGUUUUUAACUGGUUUUGAAACAGCCUCAAUCUUAAACUGAAAAUGAGAUUAUCAGCUAAAGUCUGGUUAAUUCUUUGUGCUGAAUUUAGGGUCUCUUUUGAUUGGACUUCUUGUGAAAAACAGGAGUCGAUAUUCAGCACUCACCCUGAAGCAUCUAUGUUUAGAGCUCUGUCGAUAAAGUUUGGCAGAGAGAAGUAAGUGAGCUAAGAGGAGUUCAUUUUCCUCCUGUAAUUUUCUUUAUUUAUAAUUCUUUGUGCUGAAGGAUAAUACUAGUGCAGGAUCAACAACAAGCUGUAAUUUUCUGUUGUAGUAUAAUCGACGAAGGAACUCUCCAUCCGAGGCUUAGCUGGGAAAAAAAGAAGAAAAUGACAAAGAGGAUUGACCGUCAAUAUGUGUGUGAAUGCUUCACAGCUCCUAGAGGACAGAGGAGUCGAUCCUUUUGUCUUAUUAGCAUAUUGAGAUUUGAAUUUAGUGCUUUCACUGACAUUACAAAUGUGCAUAAAGAAGCGAUGGAGAUAAAUAUAUAGUGAUAGAGUAAUUUCUUCCCCAGGUAUGAAUAUAUAGACUCUCAGCAGCUACAGUCUGCCUCUACUUCUGUUCAUCAGUGUAUGCAUGGACACUCAGGCUUCUUUAUCAAUCACAUCAAACUGCGCGCUCAUUUACAUAGUUGGGGGGGGGGGGGGGGUUGGAGGUCACAUUGUGACACCAGGGCGGUGACAGGUCGCUUCAAAAAAGGUACGUCUGGUCACUUUCUAUAAGCUUACUAAAGGUGCUUUUGGACCGCAGGAACUAGGAUCUACCCCUCGAAACGCCCCAGCUCUUUCUAGAACUUUCCAUUGGCAGGUUGUGAACACGCAUGCACAUGCACGUCAAGGAGAGAGGAGAGAUUGUGGAUCAUAUCCUACAUCUUCUGAUAUUAUUUGAUUCGUAAAACCAUGUACGUAUAUGAAUCAUCACUCUGUUUAGUGUCCUUUUUUAUCUCGGCAUGGUUUUGAGGUCAGUCUUAUCAGGAGACAGUCUUAUUCACAUUAUAAGAUGGUGCAGAGCAGAGAGAGGGGUAUACAGCAUUAAGGGUAAUAGCACAACAACUAUUUUCUUCCAGUAACAUGAUGUUAUUUGAUCAUCAAGACAACUUACCUGUUGUCCGUUAGAUUUCUGACCGUUAUUUUUUCUGUUGUGGAUGAUCAACCCGGGAUUUGAGGGAAACACAGACAACGAAAGACCACGAACAAGAAGCCCCUGGAAGCAAAAGUUCUGAGUACUUUUGGUUGAAAAGCACAUUAAGGGAAACAAAUCAGAGUUUGCAAAGUUUUAUUGUUGUAAUUUUACUGUCAAUUAUUCUGCGAAGCUACAAAUCAGUUCAUUACCUCUUCACUCUGCAUCCUGCAAGAAAUUCUCUUCAGUGAAGAAAAGAAGUGAAAAAAGAUCUGUACAUCCAUCCAUCCAUCUUUAUGGCAGUGGGUGAUAAUGAUGCUCAUGGGAAAUGCAGUCUUAAGUUACUGAUUUAUCCAAAUGGGUCACCAGAAUUAAGACAAGUGGAUAAAACUCCAAACAGCGCCUCAAAUGUUAGAGGGAAGAAUCUCACUUUUCUAAAGAGACUAAAGUUUGUUUCUCUGAAGUUUUCGGCUUCACUGGAGUUUAUUAAGGAGAUUUUGUUUGUGCAAAGAGUUGAUUUCCUUCAUCAACACUCGUGACCUGCAGGGAAAGAUCAUCCGCCUUUCAGCGGGUUAAGCUCUUAUUUAUGAAAAGCUUAACAGUGUUAUUAUUUCUCUGUGCCAAGCAUCUGUUUGGCACUCAGACUCUUCCAUGUUUGAGGAAGGAAGGCAGUAUUUUCUUCAAAGAUUGACUCUGGCCUCUUCAUAUGUGUUUUUGUGCUCCCGUCCACACACGCAGUCGGUGUUUAUUGAACCGUCACAGAUUGUCUCCGAAGGUCAAUUUAAGUCUCCGCAGCAGCUGAUUGAAGCGUGGUCUCCACCAGUCAAGCAAUCUUUCACUGCUGACUUCGAUCAGGUUUCCUCUUCUGGCCCCAGUGCCAGGUUUCCUUGUUGCAUGUUGUGGAAACAGGAACUCGAAGGUCUCGGGGGAUACACGUGUAGCCUUGAGCGUUCACACUUGGUUACAUUUUUAUGUACGACCUUCUCGGACUCUUUGGUUCUCUUUUUGCUCUCAGACUUGACACUGAAAACUUCUUCUGGUUUAUUUUAAGAACAUUUAUUUGCCAAAACUGUUUUGAUCUAAGCUCACAUGAAUAAAUAAUCAUUCAUUCAAACUCUGAAUUAUUCACCUCACCUGAUUGGAGGCUUUCCACUCCAUUUAAUGUUCACUAUUCUGAUUGUGUCCUGAUUGCACAGGACUGUAAAUGCCGUGUAGCAGGUUGACCAAGCAGCCGCCCUAGAUUUGAAUCAAAGGGACUUGGCUUUACGGUAUCAUCUCCUCUAUCAGUGUCACCUCGUGUUGAUUUAAAGUGCUUAUUCUACGUGCUGUCUCGCUGAAAGUGUUUUCCUGUUUUUGUUUAGUCUAUUUAUUUUUUUGUGUUUGACAGAAUUCCUGUGCAGAGAAUGUCCCCGUGUCCACAUACACUUCGACCGCGUGGACAUAAAGGAAAUUCCUCCAGAGCCGCUGUUCUUCCGCAGGUGGCUACACGAGCGUUUUGAAAUAAAGGACCGGUAAGUGUGUGGGUGUAACAAUUCAUCAUAUUAGAAUUGUAUACUAUUCAGUUAAUGCCUAAACUUAGGUGUGUUUUUAAAUGAUUUUUUUUUCUCUCAGAGCAUCGGGUAAACCCAGAUCUGUCUCUGAGCUUCUUUCUGAAUCUUAAAACAGCUGAAAUGAGAGUUGACCAAAUCCAUAAAAACUUAAAAAUUUGUGUAUAUUUUAAAUUUCUUUUAUAAAAGGGAACUUUUGGCUGAAACUAAAAAGGUUCAUGUUGACAGACAAUAACUUAAAGGGAUAUUCCGGCUUAAAAUUAAGGUCUCACUACAAACAAGCUAGAAGAGAGUAGGUGAGUUGUGUUUAGUCUCUUUGCUAAAGAAAUGAAGCAAAGUUAAAAAGAUGUUUGGUGGCUAGUACUAUGGCUGGGACCCUAUAUGUCCUGUUGAUGAAGUUAGGUGCUGUUCUGAGCAUUAUUUGUAGCUAUAGAGUGGCAUUUUGGUUGAGGUUUGUUUAUGGCUCCUCAGACCGCUGUGUAUCGCUAUCGUUCGGUCGUUACUAAAGUUGGUUUAACUAGAGAAGCAAGCGGUCGGCAACAUUCAUCUCUGUAGGGGGUGUCUAACUUGGUGUUACGGUGUGUUUGACCCUUACUUAAUUUUACGCCGGAAUAUCCCUUUUAACUGAGAAACUAAUAGACACGUGACACAACCUUAGUUAAAACAAGUCGUGAUGCUGUGUGAAAGGUUCAUAAAAACACAAAUUUUGAUGGUUUGCCGAUCAUUUAAUCCCCUUAUCAAAUCAAUUUUAGUGCAAAGACAAUGUCAUGUCAAAAGUGAAAAAUGUUAUUGUUGAAGAUAAAGACUAUAAGGCCUUCAGAACUUCUUAAUAAGUAAGGACAAGGACAACUAAACUUUCCAAAAAGUUUUGGAAUGCUAAAAAAAGUUGGAAAAAUUAAUAAACAAAAGGUUAGUAAGAUAAGAUAAGAAGAACUGUAUUGAGUCCUGAGGGGAAAUUUAAUAUAACAGGACGGGGUAUGAAAAUGGCAGUCCACAGAGAGGCUUCAUCUCUCAUGAGUAGAGAUGUGAUUGGGUUCACCACUCUGUUAGAGACUGUGUGAGCAAAUACUUCAGCAAAAAAGUCAUAAUAAUGUUCUCCUGAAAUCCAGGAUCACCUGCAAAAUCUACAGUCUCUGAACUGUUUGUCCUGACAUCCACAAAUAGGACAGUUAUGUAUAACCAUGAAACAGACACUUCUCUGCCUCGGUCUGUCUUAAAUGGGCUUGAACUCCAAGUGUAAAACUUCAGUCAGAUGAAUCCAAACUUGUCAUUCUUUUUGGAAAUCAUGGAUGCUUUGUCCUCCACUCUGAGGCAGGACUUUCAGCUUGUUAUCAGCACAUAGUAGUAUGCUUAAGUGCUCAUGGCAUGAGUGGCUUACACAUUCAAAUUCAACUUUAUUUUUAUGCCAAUGCAGUUUAAAUUGCCUUACAGAAGCUAAAAACAAUAAAACGACAAUAAAACCCAACCUCUCAACUACACACCCAUCCAUGGACCCACACACGCAUAGACACACACCCACUCUCACUCACCUACACAUACACACACACACACACAUACAAGCACACACAAAGUGAGAAUUCGAGAUAUAUUGUUAAAGAGACAAGGCCUGACACCGAGACAUUACCUUUAGCUAGCUUUAGGAAACACUGGAGAUAAAAGAUAAAAAUAAUAAAUAAAUAAAAAACGGUAAAAAGAAAGACCAAAACAUGAUGGACUUAAACUAGAAAAUAAAAUAAAAUAAAAUGAACCAAUAAGUAAGAGCUCUUUAUCAUAUAAAAGGGGUAAAAGAAGUAAAAACCUCUAAGGCAGGAGUUAAGAAAAAGACUAAGAGAUAAUUAAUAAGAUGACAUAAAAGAAACAUUAACAACUUCGAUUAAAAUGAACAUUUGCAAUAAGGGAAAUAUGAAACGGCAAUCAGUGAAAAGCCUGGUUAAAAAAGUGAGUCUUGAGCCUCCUCUUAAGGCACCAGUAAUGCUGAACAAUACAUACAAGUUUUGUGGUAGUAGUACUUUUAAUUUUCUAGUAAUUACAAGUAGAGUUUAAAUGAUUUGCAAACUACCAAAUAUUUUUGUUAUUAUCAUUUAAACAGCAUCCUGACAUUUUGGAAUAUAUGGAUAUAUCGUUAUAGAUAAUGAUUAUAAAUUGAGCCUCACAUUGGCUGUACUAGCAGAGCAACAAAAAACCCUGAUGUGAACUUAAGUCAGACAGAAGAUGUGCUGAUUCACUUUUGUAGUCUGUGCGUUUCUGAGACAAACUGAAUCCCUAAGAGAGUGAUCUGUCUUUUGCAAAGGCUGCUGUCGGACUUCUACGAGUCGGAGGACAAAAUAUGCAAGUUCCCCGGGGAGGGGAAAGUUUCUACUCUGCACCUCUCUAAAACCCUCCCAUCAGUGAUAAUCCUGGGUGGACUGACACUGCCAUUACUGCUGACAGAGAGCGGCAGGAAAGUGUACGUGAGGACCUGGGUGUACGGGACACUGCUUGGCUGGCUGUGGGUGAACGUUUUUCCUUAACGAACAGAGCAGAGGCUGCCACAGUGACAUGCACAACAGACAUGGGAGAGGCGGCGCCAUUUUUUCCUGCAUCACAAACAACAACACAAGGUGUGUUUAUAAUGCAGAGCUGCAGCGUCUGAUAAGAGGCUCGGAGGUUUAUCCAACAUGUCUGGCUCACUGGUGACCCUGAGCUGAAAGCUGAGCAGCGAUGGGGAGAAAUGUUAGGCUUUUUGCGCUACGUGAUCCCUCAUGUUAUUAGGAUUUGCAGCCUAAUGAUGGGAAAAAGGAAAACAUGUCUGAAAGUUUUAGAUUACUUUAAAACAUCCAAUAAGAUCUCUAUUAUGAUAUAGAUAAAAAAUAUAUAAACUUAUUUAAUUUAUCUUAGAGUAAUUCCCCCCUCACUAGAUUUAGACAGAUUAGGUCUCUUGCAUGCUCACUUUUCCAUCAAACAUUGGCCACUUUUAAAGCUCUUGUAUGACAUUAAAAACAAAGCAUAGAGGACUUCAAAAACUACGUUAAUGAUCACAAUCAGUUGCUGCUGUGUGUAACUGACACAGUUUAGGGGAUCAUUAAAUAUUAAGUGCACUGACUCAUUGACAUUGGUUGUAAUACCCUCACUUAUGCCAAGUCCCGUGUCAGGACGAUAAAGCACUUCGCUCAUUGAAAGUGAAGGUUUUUUUUACAUUAGUAGAACAAACUGAGAAGCAUCUUCUUUAGGGACUCAUAAACAUGUCACCAGCUGCAUUGUUUACCAUAAGUAUUUAUACCGACUUUGUUUUGUACUGAUAACGAAUGUAGCCGUGACUCAUGUAUCAGUGUAUGUAAGUGAAUGUCUCUCUUUUCUUUCCAACACUUUUAAAUUCAUUUACACGGAUUUCGUUAAACAUGUUUCGUUCUUACAAAGUUCUUGUCCGCUCAUGUUGAAGAUGUGCUGAAAAAAAAAGUUCUACCAAUGUAAAAUAUUUCUUUAACAUACAAUGUCAGUCGUUGCCAAAAUUUUACUCAUUUACUUUGAUGUUCUACAAGUGUUUUAAGUCGAGCAACUCAUAUUUUAAUGCCAGCAAAGAAACCUGUCUCUCUCUGUUUGUCUUUGUGUCCAAAUACCGUAUUAUAAGAUUCUUUUAUGGUUUAUUUCUUGGUCCGUAACUGUUUUGUUACAGCUCAUAUGAAAGAAUCUACCAAGCAAAAAAAAGCUGACUAAGCCAUGUUAACAGAUUAACACAGGUUCCUGUGCACUCAAAGCCAUCUGUAUUAUAAUUAUCACUGUAUUGUGUAAUGCACUGUAUGUUCGUUAUUGAUGUUGUUUACCGUAAUAGCCAUUGCAUUUUCCACAAGUCACUUUACAUGUCUGCCGUCUUGUCUUCCUCUAAAGUUUAGUCUUUGGUAUGUCCUCCUUCUGGAUGGUUCAUGGUUUUUACAUGUCGCUCCAAUACCUCACUUGAAUAAUCCUUCCUUGAAUGACCCUUGUCAGCCAUUUUAUAGUCAUUUUUAACCUGACAAGAUCAAACUGUAACUCAUCAGGAAACUCUGUAGACAGUAUUUAAAUGCCAACGGAUUUCGGAAAUGUGUGCCUUCUCUUGGGAGGAGUCUGUCCUCAGCCCUCACCGAGGGUCACAGUAGCUCUUUUCCACCGGGUGACUGCACGGAGACUCUCUGCUGGAGCUGCUGCUCUAUGCAGCAUGUGGUCACAUUGUCUACAGUUCAUAGUGGCUUAUUUUGCUCUAAGAAUGCAUUUAUUUACACUUUUUUGAGGACUAUAAUUAAAUGAUGAAACCUUUAAUGUAUGUAAGUUUUGGAAAUGGGGAUCCGAGUGAAAUAAAGUGUUUUUUUCUGGAGAACCA